UAAUUGAUGAAAAAAUACAUUUAUAUUUUAAUUCAAUUCCUUCACACGUUUAUUGCCAUCAAUCAAAAUUUACUUCACGCAAUAUGAAUAAUUCUGGCAGCUCUUCUUUACCAAAUAAUACUUCAGUGAUUCAUACGUCUCUACAACAUGAAGAUGAAUUGCCCAAAAAUGCCAUAACAGCGACUAAAAAAAUAUCAGAAUACGAACAAAUGUAUUUAAUCUCAACGGAUGAAUCAUUUAAAGAAACAUUGGUAUCAAAUAUGGUUAAUAAAAAAAAAAUAGUUAAUGAACAAGAAACGCGAUUAAAAAAGCUCAAAAGACAUGCCCAAGCCCAAGCAAGGCUCAAAGACAAAAAAGCAAAAAUGCUUGAAAAGG